AUGUCCCGGGAAAGCGGGGGCCGGGGGCAGCCCUGGCCCCGGGGUGCGGGGGAAGCGGGGGCCGGGGGCGGCCCUGGCCCGGGGGUGCGGGGGAAGCGAGGCCCGGAGGCGGCCCUGGCCCCGGGGUGCGGGGGAAGCGGGGGCCCGGGGGCGGCCCUGGCCCCGGGGUGCGGGGGGAAGCGGGGGCCGGGGGCGGCCCUGGCCCCGGGGUGCGGGGGAAGCGGGGGCCGGGGGCGGCCCUGGCCCCGGGGUGCGGGGGAAGCGGGGGCCCGGGGGCGGCGCUGGCCCCGGGGUGCGGGGGAAGCGGGGGCCGGGGGCGGCCCUGGCCCCGGGGUGCGGGGGAAGCGGGGCCGCUCCGGAUCGAGGCACCCCGGGAGGGCCCCGCGGGGGCGCGUCCGCCACGUGCGCGCCCCGCCCCAGCCAAUGGGGAGGGCUCGGGGCGGGGCCGCAGCCAAUGGGGGCGGCCGUGGGCGGGGCCCGGCGGCGGCGGUGAUGGCGGCGGCCCCGCCGUGCUGCGCGGUGCGGGUGCGGGGCGCGGGCGGCCGCGGGGGCUGCGGCGGGGGCUGCGGCGGGGGCUGCAGCGGGCUGGUGCUGAGCCGCCGCCCCGCGCUGGUGCUGUGCCACGCCUCUGUCUUCGCCCCGUUCCUGCGCGCCGGCCCCGCCGCCUGGGCACGGCCCGCCGCGCUGCCGCCCGCCGCGCUCCGGCCGUGCCCGCGCCUCCGCGUCGUGCUGGGCUCCGAGACCGGCGGGCUGCGGGAGCUCGAUGCGCGGCUGCUGGCGCUGGUGCCGUGCGCGGCGUUCCGGCGGGCGCUGGAGCGCGGCUUCGGGCUGGCGGAGCGGUGGCGGUUCGGGGCCGAGGAGGAGGCGGGCACCGACCCGCGGGCGCUGCCCUGGUUCGCCUGGCUGCGGGUGCCCGGGCUGGACGCGCCCGAGGGCGGGUGGGCGGCGCGGGCCAGCGCCGGCUGCCUGCGCAAGGGGCAGGCGCUGCUGGCCUGCGGGUCCCCCUUUGGAGACCUGUGCCCCGAGCUCUUCCUCAACACGCUGAGCCGGGGGGUGGUCAGCAACCUAGCUGGCGAGGAGAACGCCCUGGUGCUCACCGAUGCCCGCUGCCUGCCCGGCACCGAGGGCGGCGCCGCCUUCGUGCCCUCGCCAGACGGGCCGCGCGUGGUGGCCCUGAUCGCCGCCUCCUUCUGCUGGAAGGGCGCCGAGUGGGUCGGGCUCACGCUGCUCUGCUCCCUUGCCGCCAUCCUGCGCAGCAGCGCCGCUGUCCUGGGCGAAGCCGGGGUCGUGGUGCCGCCGGUGCCGGCGUGGGUGGCCGCGGUGCCAGCGAGCAGUGGGCAGGACCCCGUGGGCUGGACGGCGCUGGUGGGGUGCGGGGCGACCUGGGGCUCCGGGGUGCUGCUGGCACCAAAGUUGCUCCUCACCUGCCGGCACGUCGUGGAGGCCAGAACCCCGCUCCAUGUGACACCGGCAUCCGGCCCCGGCCAGGAUGCCGCCGUGCUCAGGGGACGUGUGGUGUUUGCCACCGAGGAGUCGUCCCCCUUCGACGUGGCCGUGGUGGAGCUGGAGGAGAGCGUGCCAGGCUUUGUCCCCCCGUGCCUGGCUGACACCUUCCUCCCAGGAGAAGAGGUGAGCGUGGUGGGCUUCGGGGCGUUGGGGCGGGCGUGCGGCCCCUCGGUGACAGCAGGGGUCCUCUCGGCCGUCGUGGCGGUGGCUGGGCGCCCUGUUAUGCUGCAAACCACCUGUGCCGUCCACGGGGGCUCCAGCGGCGGCCCCCUCGUCUCCUCCCGCAGCGGAUGCCUCAUGGGGAUCGUGGUCAGCAACACCCGGGACACCGGUGUGGGGGCCACCUACCCCCACCUCAAUUUCUGCAUCCCCAUCACCGUCCUGCAGCCCCUCGUCGCGCGCUACCGCCGCACCGGCGACCCCGAUGCCUUCGCUGGGCUCAACCGGGUGGGUGAGGGGGUGCGGGCGACCUGGAAGCUCCAGCAACGGCCAGGACCCCCCAGCAAGCUCUGACCCCCCUCCCGGCGGGCUCGUGCCAGAGACCGAGGUGCCAGGGACCAAGGUGCCACAUCUCCUCGGUGGCCCCGGCGGUGUGGGGCUCAAGCGCCUGGACUCCACAGAGCUGGUGGAGCAUGGGCACCCUGGGGCAGGGGAUAUGGCACAGUGCCUUUGACAGCUGCUGACGACCCCAGACUGGGGAGGUUUGGGGUUUGUAUUGUUGUUUUAUUUUCUCCCUGGAGCCAUAAAUGCUGUGAGUUGA